AUGUCUACUUUUUCAAUCGCUACACGACAUUGUCUUGAACUGAGUACAAUUUGUGCCAGAUGUAAAUGGAAUUGUGAUCAUUAUCAAUCAAAUGGUUUUUGUCGCUGUAGUCCAUACAAAAAAAGAGAUUGUGAUGUAAGUCGAGAAUGUUGUUGGACAGAUAUCGUCAUUCACGUUGAUACACCACCCAAUCCUCGACUUUCUGAAGUGAACAUCAUUAUCGAUGGUGAUAAUUUUUCACAACGAAUCAUAGUUGUAUUAAUUGAUUUUUUUCUACAGCAAGGAUGUAGAACAGUUGGGACAGUUAUUUCCCCAUCGAAAUAUAUUGGAAUUCUUAGUGGAAGUUACGGUGAGCAAGUCAAAUUGGAAUUUAUUAGUCUUAUCGAAGGUGAACAUGUUCUGGUGAUUCCAGCAGCUAGCUCAAUGUAUUAUGAUCACACGGGUGGUUGUGAAGAUGCGGUUGUUUUACACAUUGGCAUCUAUCAUCGAGCCAUAGUCAUCUCUAAUGACACGUUCAAACCGAAAAUUGGUGAAGAACAUGAACUCACUCCAAAUAUCAUUCUUCAUAUAACGGAAACCAACAUUUCUGAUCAUGAAAUCUCGCUAACCUUUACCAAUCCGUCUCAUCAUCUUACUCAAUCAGGUCCUGAUGUUUUGAACGAUGUCAUAGACAAUGUUCUCGCACAAAACAAACUGAUUGAUCCCAUAUGUACAAGUUCAACGAUAGAACCGCAUAUUCCAGAAAUUCUCCAGCGACAUCGAAUUUAUAAUCUGAAUAAACAUCUCGAUCGAUGUGAUCGAGUUGUGUAUGAACAUUAUUCAAAAUUAGAAAAAUAUAGUCAACAAUUAAAUACGUUCACGAGACAAAUAGAGAAGGCACCGAUCGAUAAGAUGGACUUGAUUGAAGCAUUAAACGACAGAAAACAACAAGUCAUUGAAAAUAGAGAAGAAUAUCAAAACAAAAUUACACCAUUAUUAGAACAAAAUAUGAAAUUGAGAGAAGAAACGAUACAACAAUUAGCUAGAUUAGGUCAGUGA